AUCAAACUCUAUCAUAGUACUCAAAUAAAAUCUAUCUCUAGUUGUUUCUUUUUGAAGUACUUUGUAGAAUUUUUUUUUCAUAUACAUCAUAUUAUUCAUAUUCAUAUGGGUAAUUUCAAGAAAAUUUGUGUAUUUUGUGGAAGUAAUUCAGGAUAUAGAAAAAUAUUCAGUGAUGCUGCUCUUGAUCUUGGAAGAGAAUUGGUGGAGAGGAAAAUUGAUCUUGUUUAUGGAGGAGGAAGUAUUGGACUUAUGGGAUUAGUUUCUCAAGCUGUUUAUGAUGGUGGAUGCAAUGUUCUUGGAAUAAUUCCAAGAGCUCUUGUUUCAGUAGAGAUUUCAGGCAAUGCAGUGGGAGAAGUAUUAAUAGUUUCAGAUAUGCAUGAAAGAAAAGCUGAAAUGGCUCGUAGAGCUGAUGCUUUUAUUGCACUUCCUGGAGGGUAUGGAACUAUGGAAGAAUUGCUUGAGGUGAUAACAUGGUCACAGCUUGGAAUUCAUGAAAAACCAGUUGGACUAUUGAAUAUAGAUGGAUAUUAUGAUUGCUUGCUUGGAUUAUUUGACAAAGGUGUCGAAGAAGGAUUUAUUAAGCCUUCAGCAAGAAAUAUUGUCAUAUCAGCUACAUCACCCAAAGAGCUUUUGGAAAAAAUGGAGGAAUAUGUGCCAAUACACAAUCAAGUAGCACCAAGCAGAAGUUGGAACACUGAUGAACCUGUGACAAGAAGUUUAUAAUUUUCUGGAUUGAUCUUGUCAUAGUACUCAAGUGUGAAGAUUGUAUUUUCCUAUUGUUUGACAAAAAACUUUAUAAUUUUACCAUUCACAUGAAAAUUUCAAGUGAAAAAAGGAGCACACAAACGAAAAAAAAAAAAUAGUUUGGUUUUGAGUAGCAAGAGAGAUGUUGUAAAUUUGGUAAAAGAACAUCUGAUUUGUUUAGAAAUGGAAUGAGAUUCA